AUGAGUGUCCGUGGUAUAUUUAUUGUUGUUAUCAUUGGCCUUAUUGGAGUUUAUGGCGAUGACACACCAGAAAAAUCUAAUGAAACAAUAUCAAAGAAUCCGGUGUGGAAACAGACGGGAAUUUGCAGAAAGUGUAUCUGCAAAGAUGAAAAGAUAAACUGCUUCGAUCAAAGUCUUACUACGUUUUUUACUAAAAAGGAGUGGACUGACGUUGCAGAAUUCAAACCAAAAAUAAUAGAUUUGAGUGACAACUCAAUCACGAAUGUAACUGCGUUCGCGCAGUUUCCCGUUGAAAUUCUCAAUUUAUCACGGAAUAGUAUUGAGUUUAUUGAGAAUGCUAGUUUUAAGGAUCUUCAGUCUAUGAAAGUUCUAGAUCUAAGUCAUAACAAGCUCACGUCGGCGACACUUAGUCCACAUGCUUUUGAGGGCCGCUAUUCUCCAGAAGAAUACGAGCCUCUUGCAUCCAUGAGGACUCUGAGCUUGGCAUACAAUGACCUACAUAGUCUAAACCAGGAUCUCUUUGAGCAUUUACCGGAGUUAACUGAGUUGGAUUUAAGUGGCAAUCCCCUGACCACGAUUGAUCAUGUAACUGUAAUUGCAAUUUCUAGUCUUCCUAUGCUGAAGGUUCUUCGAAUGCGGUCCUGCCAAUUACCAGACAUUCCCGAAAAAUUCCUUCAUACACCGCGGUACCUGGAGCGCCUAGAUCUAAGCGACAACAAGCUAACAGCUGUGCCUUUAGAGCUGGAGGAGACGAAGAAUUUGAUUUAUUUGAACUUGAACCAGAAUCCUAUCACAGAACUGGACGUUAACAGUGAAGAUCACCCUGGUUUUCCCCGUCUCCGCAAGCUUCAAGAGCUGCAUAUGUGUAACAUGCGUAAGCUGCAGCGUAUAGGUGCAGGGGCACUAGCAGGCCUAGAGACCAUACAGAGAUUGCACAUGUGUUGUAACCCUCAACUGAGCUACAUUGACCCUAAAGCUCUGGCCAGAUCUGAUGAUAUUGGAGAAACAUAUGACUGGCCAAUAAUUAAGGAAUUGUAUCUUCAAUCAAACAACCUAUCAGAGGUAGACCGUGGUUUUCUCUCCCGUUGGGACCUUUUGGAAAAAGUAGAUAUUUCGAAUAACCCCUACCUAUGUGACUGCUCCACUCAGUGGAUGGUGGAUAUAUUGGUACCAGUUGUGGAAAGGAAGACUACUAAUUCCUCGGAAAAUAUGAUUUGCCAAGAGCCGAUAGAAAUGCGAGGUUACACGAUGAAGCAUCUCCAUGAUAUCCAUCGCACUAUGCGUUGUGUAGACAAGUAUGGGCAUCGGCCAGAGAGGGAUGGUGCCUUGCUUUUGGGGACCCUUAUAGGUGUCUUAUUAGCAGUUCCAAUUGUCUUCGGACUCAUGAUGUUGUGGAAACAUGGCUACUUCUCAAGGUGUGGUCUUCGAGGGCCCAUCGAUGUGUCCAGGGCUUUCUACAAGCGAGCUCCAGCUGAUGACAACUACAUAUAA